AUGAGUACGAGUCCACCCUCUACAGCUGAUGCAUCAAUACAGACCGACCACUACGACGUGACGACCGAGCUCCGACAGCAGAUAUUGAACCUCACAGAAGUAGUUAAGGAGUUGACAGCACUUAAGUGUCUCCAUCAGCAUGAGCCAAAGCCUGCUGCUUCACUGUUAUUUGAUGAGGAUCCAGAGUUUCCAACAUUGUAUUCAGAAGCACUCGCAUCUCUGGUGGGUUUCUGUAGCAGCCCCACUGUCCAGACUUCUCAGGAAACAACAGAGCUCAGUGAACCUCAGUGUCCCGUCCUGAGUACGUUCCGUCAAAUCCACAGAGAAAACCUGUCGCCGUGUUUCCACCCCAAAUGGCUCCAUCAAGACCACCCCUGCAGCCUGUUGAUCAGAACGUUACUCCAUUAGUGUCAAGCAGCCACGGUCCUACGGAUGAACAGCGAACCAAAGUAACUGCAAUUGUAGCAACUGGAACUGACAUGUCUACUACCACCCUUGCUUGUGUUGAUGUGCUAUUCACGGAAGACGAGAUGGCGAGGUGCAACACAUCAAGAACUAAAGGUUUCCAGCAGUUGGACAGUACGAAGUUAGGCUUCCUUGUGUCUGUUUUACGAAGAAAGUUUGACUUGCCAUGUUUUAGUGAGCAAUGGAAUCAGAUAGCUGUGCGCAUUAAUACCAAGUGUAGAGGAAAGAGAAGGACUCUUAUUCAUAAACUUAAGAAAACUAGUUUAUUUUGA